GGCGCGCCGUGGAAAGUUAACCCUUGCCGGGCAAGGGCGGAAGAGCGGCGCCCGUUAUUGCGCGGGAGCGUCUUCCUUGGCGGGCCGCCGGGCUCCUCUCGCGCCGCCUGAGGACGAGGGGAUGGCGCUGCCCGCCUGAGGUUGAAAGGGGUCGGUCUGUCUUUAGGUACGGAGGCCAGAAAAGCUCCUCUCUCGUACUCAUGGCAAAAAGAAAAGAGGGAAGCUUUUCAACACCAGUAUCUAACAAAAGACGUAGGCAGGAAAUCAGAGAUGAUUCUGAUGAUGAUCCUGAUGAAGAUGAAUGGUCACACCUGCACAAUGACAGCAGUACUAACUCUCAGUUGGCAUCCGGAGAAGUUGGAAUAAUUGAAAGUAUCAAACUGAAGAAUUUCAUGUGCCAUUCAAUGCUGGGACCCUUUGAGUUUGGAUCCAAUGUCAAUUUUAUAGUUGGAAACAAUGGAAGUGGAAAGAGUGCUGUUUUAACUGCCCUUAUCGUUGGCCUUGGAGGAAAAGCUAUAGUAACGAACCGAGGGACAUCUUUGAAAGUGUUUGUGAAAAAUGGUCAGAGUUCUGCAGAUGUUACAAUAACUCUCCGAAACAGGGGGGAAGAUGCGUUUAAACCAGAGCAGUAUGGCACCUCUAUUACUAUCAACCAGCAUAUAAGUUUGGAAGGGCAUCGUAGUUACAAGCUGAAAAGUAGUUCAGGUUCCAUAAUUUCUUCAAAAAAAGAGGAGCUUACUGCAAUCUUAGAUCAUUUUAAUAUCCAGGUGGAUAAUCCUGUGUCUGUCCUCACCCAGGAAAUGAGCAAACAGUUUUUGCAGUCAAAAAAUGAAGGUGACAAAUACAAGUUCUUUAUGAAAGCAACACAGCUGGAGCAGAUGAAAGAAGAUUAUUCAUACAUUAUGGAAACCAAAGAAAGAACAAAAGAACAGAUUGAAAAGGGAGGACAGUUUCUGGAAGAACUUAGGAGGCAGUAUAUGGAGAAAAAGGAACACUACAGAAGUAUCGCUGCUUUGAGUGAAAUGCAGAAUGAGUUAAAGGAGUUAUCGCACCAGAUAGCUUGGGCAAUGGUGAGAGAUGCUGAAAAAGAAAUGAAAACAAUCAGAGACGAUAUUGGAGUUCAAGAAGCGAAAAAUGAGAAAUUUGUUGAAAAAGUGAACGAAUGGAAGGAUAAGGUAAAUGCAGCAGAAGAAAAACAUAAAGCCAUACGAGAGAAGCUAGAGACAAUAACUGAAGAAGUUCAAACAUUGCAGCCUUCAUGUACUUCUUCAAAAACAGAAGUACAGGCAAAAAGAAAAGCAUAUAAUGAUGCAGAGGCAGCACAUAAUCGAUCUCAAGCUGAACUGAAACGCUUGGCAAAAGACCAUGAGCAACUUUGCAGAAAAAUUGACGAACUGAAAAAGAGUGCUGAGCGAAUUUCUGAACCUGAAGUUUUGGAAAAACAGAGAAAAAUUGAAACACUGAAGGACCAGCUUAAGAUAUUGCAUAAUCAAGAUGAAUCAAUUGGUUAUCAGAUAACGCAAUUUCAGCAGGCUGUAUCUGUGUACAAGGAAGAUACUGCUAGGCUGAAGAAGGAAGAAUAUGAACUGAAGCAAAAAGUGGAUUUGCAGCAACGGCAGUUAAAAGAGUUGAAGGACAGUAAAACAAAUAGACUGAUAAGAUUUGGACCUUACAUACCAGACCUUUGUGAAGCAAUUGAAAGAGCCCAUCAGCAGAAGCAGUUUAGAUACAAACCCAUCGGACCAAUAGGCGCAUUUAUUCAUUUGAAAGAUGCUGAACUUGCGCUGGCUGUUGAGUCAUGUUUGAAAAACCUGGUUCUGGCAUUUUGCUGUGACAAUCAUAAAGAUGAAAGACUGUUACAAGAAUUGAUGUCCAGGUUUUGCCAACAAGGUUUUCGCCCUCAAAUCAUUGUUAAUCGGUUUCGGAGUAAUGUUUAUGAUGUAAGGCCAAGGGCUGUUGUUCACCCUGGAUUCCCAUCAGUCCUGACAGCGUUAGACAUUGACAAUGCCGUAGUAGCCAAUUGUUUAAUCGACAUGAGAAGUAUAGAAACAAUCCUGCUAAUCAAAAAUAGUCAGGAAGCCCGUAGAGUGAUGCAGCAAAACAAGCCUCCCAAAAAUUGUAAAGAAGCUUUUACUGCAAACGGUGAUCAGGUAUUUGAGAGACGGUAUUAUUCCUCUGAAAAUACUAGUCCCAGAUACCUCAGCAGAGAUGUGGAGGCCGAUAUAAGCCACUUGGAGAAAGAAGUUGAGAGUGAAAAAACUGGUUUGUUAGAACUGCAACAACAAAUAUGUUCUCUGCAGGAUGAUAUAAAGGAGAACAAUCGCCAGCUUACCAGACAUCAUCAACACCAGAAAGAUAUACAGAUAAAAAUGAAAAAAAUAAACUUAGAAAUUUUAGAUCUUCAGCAUAUAGAAGAACAUCAGUCUGUGAUCAUCUCUACACUGGAAGAAGAACUGCAAGAUAACAGGCUGAAGAUGGAUACACUUAAGGAAGGUUUAUGUAAACAGAAAGAGAAGAUGGAGGAACUAAAAGGUAGUCUGCAAGAGGCGGAGCAGAAAUUGGCCAAAAUUAAAGAAAAAAUUCAGCAAAUACAGGAAGAAGCUGUCCCAGUCCAGGAUGGAUUAAACCAAGCAGACUAUGAACUGGAAAAAAGUAAAAGUUAUUUGCAGCAUUAUGAGGGAAAAGAGAGAACCCAUUUGGAAUCCAUACAAAUACUUAGAAAUCAACUAGCUGACAAAGAGAGAGAAUUAGCGGAAGUGAUUGCAAAGGCUUCAGAAAUCCAUCCAGAGCGAAUAGAAGUGGAUAGAACCGUUAGAAGUCUGAAUACAGAAAUGAAUCGCUUACGGGAAAAGAUAAAUUCAGAAAGAGAACAUACUGGGGAUAGAGAAGAAAUAAUAAGGCAACUUCAGGAAGCAAAAGAAAAAUACCAGAGUGCAGAGGGCGAAGUUAAGAAUAUGAAGAAAUUCAUUAAGUUACUCGAUGAGGUGAUGAAGCAGAGAUACAAAACAUAUGUGCAAUUUAGAAGAUACCUUACAGUGCGAUGUAAAUAUUACUUUGACUCCUUGUUAAGCCAACGAUCAUAUUCUGGAAGAAUAGAAUUUGACCACAAGAAUGAAAAGCUUUCAAUUACCGUUCAGCCUGGAGAAGGAAAUAAGGCUGCUCUAGAUGACAUGAAAUCUUUGUCUGGAGGAGAACGUUCUUUCUCCACAGUCUGCUUCAUGCUUUCCCUGUGGUCCAUUGCAGAGUCUCCUUUCAGAUGUUUGGAUGAAUUUGAUGUCUUUAUGGACAUGGUUAACAGGAGAAUUGCAAUGGACAUGAUGCUUAAGAUGGCAGAUUCUCAGCGUUAUCGCCAGUUUAUUUUGCUUACCCCACAGAACAUGAGUUCUUUGCCGACAAGUCGUCUUAUCCGAAUCUUUCGAAUGCAGGACCCUGAGAGGGGACAAACAACAUUGAAUUUCCAUCGUAACAGUGAUGAAGGUGGAGAAGAUGAAGAAUGAAUGCCUUAACAAGGGAUAGUGCAUAAUUAUCAGCUUGUUUUGCAUUAAAUGUGGCUAGAGCAUAAGUCCAACGUGUGCUCACCAAAACGGAAAUUUAAAUCUUUUUAAUAUCCAAGGUAUACCUGUGCCUUUUUCCUUCCUACUGCGGUCCCCACAGCUAAACAGUUAAACUGCAUUUUACGUUUGGAAGCUUAAAAUGCCUUUUGGUGGUGGUGGAAUUUCAGCAGUAAACAUACCCUUUUGCACUAGAUAUUUCUUCUGGACUUAAAGCUUCUGACUUGUUCUUACAAAGACUUGAAAUCUAUUUUAAGGAGUGAUGGAAAUAUUUUUAUUAUUUUUACUGUUCUGUAAGUACGACUGAAGAAACAAUAAAUAAUAAAUAUUG